CUCCUCUCUUUCGAGUGCGAGGACAUUAACCUGGGUGGAGAUUUUAAUCUAGUAUUGGACGUCCAAAAUGAUAAGAAGGGAGGAAGACUGACCACUCACAAAAAUUCUUUGAAGGAAGUUCAGAACAUAAUAAAUUCGCUAGACCUUAUCGACAUUUGGCGGGUCUCCAAUCUGGAUAUCAGAAGAUUCACUUGGAGAAGAAGCAAGCCCGAAAUUCAUUGUCGCUUAGACUUUUUCUUGACGAGUAAUAGUCUAAGUUCGGCAAUUACAAAAGCUGAUAUUUUACCAGGGUACAAAACAGACCAUUCUUUGAUAACGCUCCACCUUGCAAACAAUACCAAUCCCAGGGGCCCGGGCUUCUGGAAGUUAAAUACGUCUUUUCUAUCAGACAGUGAAUAUAUUAAUUUGAUAAAAACAACAAUCACUGAAGUUGCAAAUGAAUACCAAAAUAACACUGAGGUUGAUGCCGUGCUCCUCUGGGAUACAAUGAAGAUGCAAAUUCGUUCAAAGUCGAUACAAUACGCAAAACAUAAGAGAGGCAAAAUGAAGUUAGGGAGCAUUCAUUUUUUAGAAGCGGGGGUGGGCCGGAGGAAUUCAGGGGAGGGUCAUUAACUUUUUGCCUGCCCAAAAAGAGAGGGUCAGCAUAAAUUUGACACAACAAAGAGGGGGGGUCACUUAAUUUUUUUUAAUAUUAUACAAGUUUAUACAAACUUACUGAUCUUUGAAUCCUUAGCGUUACAAAGCUAAUUUGAGACUCAAAUGAACUUUGUGCCACUGAAAUGUAUAAAAGCCCCAGUAGCACCAACUGAAUUGAUUAUUAGUCGAUGGAGGAAGCCUAAAAUGGGAGUACUAUGAACAAUGCCAUGGCCUUGAGGAAGAAGAUUUAAAGAGAAUGUCAGCAAAAGAGCUAGAAGAUUUAGAGAAUGACCGAAUGCAGAAAAAUGCAUGGAUGGAUAGAUGGUGAGCCUGCACCAAACGGUUUUCUUGGUGCAAUUGUUUCAGAAAAGCCUGGUGAAGAAUUUUUUUACAGUAAGGAAUAUCUAUCUAAGUAUAACAACACUUCAAAGUCAAAGCGACAUGUAAUACCUGGACAUGCCUAUUUUAAUAGAGUUGAAUCCUUCUUUGAGUCACAUUACGAAAGGGGAGAGCUCUAUUUUGAAUUUCUAAAAGGAGAUUGUUCAAGAAAGGGAGAACUGUGUGAGACAUGUAAGGAAAAUGGGUGGAUAGGUCCCGACUCACUGAAGCGCACACCACGUCCUUACCCAGAUGUCACACAACUCCCUUCCCAUCACUACCUCUCAAUAGGUAAUAUCCCUGUUCAUAACAGAGCACCAGAUGAUUUCCAACCCCGUGCGCAGUUACGCAAGCUUUUCGUCGAAGGGAACAUUAAAUGUGGCGAUAAUGACAAAAUUGAAGCAUUUUCUAAAAAAUAAAAUUGUCAGCCCUGAUCUGGUGAAAGAAUAUCUUGAGCACCUUACAAAUAUUGAAGUGAGAAAAAAUAUGCGCCAAGACGAAAAGCGUCAGGCAAAGAAAGAUGAAGAAACAAAAGGUUACGGUGACUAUAACUGGGAGAAACUCUACAAAUCGGGAAACCUAAAAAAGCUGAAGGUUGCUGAGCUCGAUAAAUAUAUUUUUCGCCACAACUUAUCAAGGAGAAAAAUGUCCAAAUCAGAAAAACUUAACCUUCUGUCAGCUCACAUCAGCAAAGGUUUAUGUGAAAGGAUCUUGACAUUGAGUGCUGCUGAAACUGCACUAGCAACGGAAGACUUGGACACCCAGCGCAAUAGCGCAAACCUCUAUAUGAAUAUAUUCGGUUGCGCUUUACAAUAUUGUUAUAUUAAAUUUAUGUUAAAGGUGACUAAAGCAUGAGCAACUAUUAAAAACUACAAUAAAAAGUAUUAAAAACUAUAAAUAAAAAUAAAUAAAUAAAUAAUGAUAAUAAUUAAAAAAAAAAAAAAAAAACUAUUAUAAAAGCCAACAAUUAAAUCUAUUUAAAAGCUAAAUUGAAAAAAUGAGUUUUAACAGCAGUCUUAAAAGUGUCCAAUGUCUUCAUGUUGCGAAUUUCCGAAGGUAAUGCAUUCCAGAGAUAAGGUGCAGCUGACUGGAAUGCACGAUCAGAAGAUUGGAUGGGUCUUAAUGCAUGGUAACUCGAGGAAUAUAGACUCAUUUGACCUUAGAGAACUUGGAUUGCUUUUUGGUAGUAAUGAAAUCAAUUAGAUAAUUAGGAGCUUGACCAUAUAAGCACUUAAAUGUCAAAAGUAGAAUCUUAAACUUUAUACGGUAACUCAUUGGAAGCCAAUGAAGGUCGAAAAGCAAUGGUGUAACAUGGCAGAAUCUAGGUGUUCCGGUGACCAACCGAGCCGCGGAGUUUCAUGAUAUGUGAAAUUCGGGAGGCCAUAUAGUAGACUGUUACAAUAAUCUAUUCUACUGGUGAUAAAAGCAUGAACUAAUGAUUCGGUGACUGAACGACUUAAAUAUUUCCUAAUUCUACGCAUGUUAUAAAGAUAAUUGAAAGCGGAUGAGCAAGUUUUGUUGAUAUGACUUAGCAUACUCAUUUUAGAAUCAAACCAAGCUCCUAGGUUUCGAACUUCAGAAGAUGGAGCAAUUUGGGAGUCCCCAACCGAUAAGGAUGCAAGCAACUCAGACGAAAAUGAUUCAAAGGACAGCGAAAGUGAGGAGGAAGAUGAGUUGCCUGAAGGGGCCAGGGUAAACCGUUAUGGCAGAAAAGUAGGCAAUUGGCGGUUGCGUUAUUCUAGCUAACAGGUGCGUCUGUGUGAAGGACCACGGGAUCGUUGCACAAUCCAGCCACAAACCAUGAUUGUCAGGAGGAAGGGGUGGGUCACUAUAAAUUUUACUGCUUCCCGGGGAGGGUCACAUUUUUUAACAAAAAAUAUAAAGGGAGGGUUGGGAGAUUUUUCAUUCAUGCUCAUAGGGAUUCCUCCGGCCCCCCCCCUUCUAAAAAUGAAUGCUCCCUUAACAGCAACAAAUCUGGAGUCUGUCAUAACGUCCCGGCUACAGAGGAAACUGGAAGAAAAUGACUUAUCUGAAACCAACAAGACCACUAUAUAUAAUGAAUUAGAAGUUAAAAAAUUACAGUUAGAAAACGUUGUCCAGCGUCAAACUCAAGGAGCCAUGAUAAGAUCCAAAACCCGCUGGCAUAACGAAGGAGAAAAAAGCACGAAAUACUUCUUAAACUUGGAAAAAGGCAUUUUAAUACCAAAACCAUAAGGCAACCUCAGCUUGAGAAUAGUAGCGUCAUCAAAACAGAUGAGGAAAUCUUAACAGAAGCAAAAUCUUUCUAUCAAAACUUAUAUGCAUCACGCGCGCCUGAUAUCUCUGCUCAUGACGCUUUUUUCUUGUUCGAAGAAUCUACUGUAAAACUCGACCAACACGCGCAGGAAGAAUGCGAAGGGCCCUUAACAAAAGAGGAAUGCCUAAAUAGUCUAAAAACUAUGGCAUCGGACAAAACUCCUGGGACUGAUGGCCUUCCAGCCGAAUUUUAUAAGGUUUUCUGGGAAGACAUUGAAGGCUACUUACUUAAUGCACUAAAUGGUGCAUAUGAAAAACGAUGUUUAUCAAUUUCUCAAAGAAGAGGUCUAAUUACUCUCUUACCAAAAAAGAACAAACCGGCUAACCUUUUAAAGAACUGGAGACCUAUAACUCUUCUCAAUUGCGACUACAAGAGUGCAGCUAAAUCCAUAGCAAACCGCAUGAAGAAAUUUUUGCCGAACAUAAUAAAUAAUGAUCAAACCGGUUUUUUGAAAAACAGAUUCAUAGGCUAAAAUAUCAGACUUAUUGAGAACAUUAUUAACCACACAAAUAUGGAACAAAUCCCGGGCCUGUUGUUAUUUGUAGAUUUUGAAAAAGCCUUCGAUAGUAUAGAGUGGUCUUUUAUAGAGAAAACACUAAGACACUUUAACUUUGGAACAUCCUUGGUAAACUGGGUUAAACUUUUUUAUACGAACAUAAGUAGCUGUGUCCUUAACAAUGGAUGGGCAUCCGACUUCUUUUCUUUACAUCGUGGAGUAAGACAGGGGUGCCCACUGUCGCCCUAUUUAUUUAUCUUAGGUGCUGAAAUCUUGGGUAACGCAGUGAGAAGGGAUACAGAAAUUCGCGGUAUCAAAUUGGGUAACUCAGAUUGUAAACUGCAUGUCCCAAUAUGCAGAUGACACAACAAUGAUCUUAGAUGGCUCAGAACGCUCUUUUUCGAGAACAUUAUACGUACUAGACAUAUUUGCAAAUGUAUCAGGUUUGAAAGCAAACUAUGAGAAAACUGAAGCCCUCUGGAUAGGUUCACACAAGAAUACUAAUGCUGUUAUUCCUUCGAGUAAACCUAUCUUUUGGGCAGAGGGAAAGGUCUACGCCUUGGGAGUUUGGUUCUCGACAUGACAAUAAUUUCACUGAGAAAAUCGAAAAGAUUAAAAAAAUCCUCGGGAGCUGGUCGGCCAGAAGACUCACACUUAUGGGUAAAAUUGCCAUUCUAAAAGCUCUAGCAGUAUCUCAGAUUGUUUACGUUUUAUCCUCCCUUCCGACACCGAAAGGGGUAAUAAAGGAAAUUAACGCUCUGUUAUACGAUUUUCUUUGGGACAAUAAAGGGGACAAAAUAAAAAGGACAGAAAUGAUCAACGAUUAGGGUAAGGGGGGGCUAAAGAUGAUCGAUAUUGCUAGUUUUAACCAGGCCUUAAAAAUGAAAUGGGUAAAAAGCUAUUUAGAUGAUCAAGACACAGGGAAAUGGAAGCUUUUUUUCAAUCAUCGACUAGCACAAUUUGGAGGGAAAUUAGUUUUCUGGGGAAACUUAAGCCCUAAAGACGUUCGUUUACUUAAUCUGCGAGAUCCAUUUUUAGCUGAGAUUAUGGAAUAUUGGACGACCCUAAAUUAUAAGGACAACAAUCUAGAUUUCACGUCAGCUCAGAUCUGGCACAACUCCCUCAUAAGAAUAGAGAACAAACCAAUUUUCUAUAAAUCUUGGUUCACCGCAGGUGUGAAAGAUGUUAAAGACAUCCUUGACACGGACGGAAAGUCUAUAUUAAGCUAUACUGCAUUUACCGCUAAAUAUAAAAUCAAGACUAACUUUCUAGAAUUCUAUAAGGUAGUAUCAGCCGUUAAACUGUUCAGGCAAAAGUGUUCUCAACAACCCAAUAGAGGACCCAAAACCAAGACCUUUGGGCAAACAUUAUUAGCCUCAGAAAAAGCCUGUAAAACCGUUUACAAAUCAAUUAUCGAAAAAAAGGCCACCACCCCUCUUAAAAGCCAGGAAAAAUGGCUGUCUAAGGAAAAUAUAAUAGGAAAUGCGAAUGUGAACUGGGAGAAUACAUACCGCCUCCCCUUUCUGUGUACAACAGAAACAAAGUUACGAGUGUUCCAAUUCAUGUUCCUCCACAGACGAAUAGCA